UCGAAUCGAUACAUAACAGUUUCAAAAUUGAUCAAAAAGCAUCGGAAGGGUUUUGAUUUCUGAAUCAGCGAAGAGAGAAGCUACGAUCGCUGCUGUGUUCUCGUUGUUGAAGCUUACGAGAGAGACAAAGAUUCCUUCGUAAUUGUUUCCAACUUCGUUUCAAUUUCUCAACUGAAGAGCCAUGAUUGGGUUAUUCAAAGUUAAGGAAAAGCAAAGAGAAGAAGCUAAAAACACCAACAGUAGAGGAGCUUCUGUCAAGAAACAAUCUGCUGGCGAACUUCGUCUUCACAAAGAUAUAACAGAGCUGAAUCUGCCAGAGUCUUGUACAAUAUCUUUUCCGAAUGGGAAGAAUGACUUGAUGAACUUUGAAGUUACCAUUAAACCCGACGAAGGUUAUUACAAAAAUGGUAAAUUUGUAUUCACAUUCCAAGUCUCUUCGGUGUAUCCACAUGAAGCUCCAAAAGUUAAAUGCAUUACCAAGGUCUACCAUCCGAAUAUCGAUUUAGAAGGUAAUGUUUGUCUGAACAUCUUGCGUGAAGACUGGAAACCGGUUCUCAACAUAAACACAGUUAUCUACGGUCUUUUCCAUCUCUUCACGGAACCCAAUUACGAGGAUCCUCUGAACCACGACGCAGCAGCGGUUUUAAAGACUAACCCGAAGCAGUUUGAGACCAAUGUUAGGAGAGCUAUGGGCGGUGGUUAUGUUGGCAACACCUCAUUCCCUCGUUGCAUCUAGGCAGGAGUGUCUGGUUCGGUUUCAAAGCACUCAUCUUUCUUUUCUUCGUCUCAAGAAACUUUGUGUCGUUGGCUCUUUUGUACAUUUGUCUUUGACCAAGUGAUUUUAGGUAUCUUCUUUAACUGUUUUCAAUUUUUAUUUCGAACAAAAUGUAGUAAGCAUCAAAACACAAGCCAAUCCAAAAAAACAAUAGUAGUAACAAAGCUUUAAUGACUCU